UUGGCACUGCCUGGCCCUCGCUCACCUAUAUAUACACUGUGGCACUAAGACACUCAUUAGUACCUCCUCGAGUCCCAUACUCUCUCAGGAUGAAGGCUCUGAUGGGCGUGGUGGGUGUGGUGAUGGUGGGCGUGGUGGUGGGGCUGGAGAACGGAUUGGCUAGGACCCCGCCCAUGGGCUGGCUCGCCUGGGAGAGAUUCAGGUGCAACACUGACUGUGAUAACGACCCUGAUAACUGUAUCAGUGAGUCGUUGUUCAAGGCGAUGGCCGACCUGAUGGUAAGCGAGGGUUACCGUGACCUUGGCUACGAUAUCGUCUGCCUCGACGACUGCUGGCUGGACACAGAAAGAGACGCGGACGAUAAACUGCAGCCAGACCCCAAGCGAUUUCCCUCCGGCAUCAAGGCCCUCGCUGACUAUAUGCACGAGCGGGGACUUAGGUUUGGCAUCUACGAGGACUUUGGUACUCACACCUGCGCCGGGUACCCAGGCAUCGAGGGCCACCUGGAGACCGAUGCCAACACCUUUGCUGAGUGGGGAGUCGAUUAUGUCAAGUUAGACGGCUGCUACACAGACCCCAAAGACAUGGACAUAGGUUACCCUGAGUUUGGUGCCUUCCUCAACAAUACUGGUCGACCCAUGGUGUACUCCUGCUCUUGGCCAGACUACCAGCUGGCUUCAGGCAUGGUGCCAAACUGGACGGCGAUCAUUGAGACUUGUAACUUAUGGAGGAACUUCGACGACAUCGAUGACUCAUGGGACUCCGUCUCCUCUAUCAUCAAUUACUACGGCGACAACCAGGACGACAUUGUCCCUAACGCUGGACCGGGACACUGGAACGACCCCGAUAUGCUGAUCAUCGGGAACUUCGGCCUGAGCUACGAGCAGUCCAAGGCACAGAUGGCUAUGUGGGCGAUCAUGGCCUCGCCGCUUCUCAUGUCAGUGGACCUGAGGACCAUGCAUUCAGAGUUCAAGGCCAUCCUCCAGAAUCAGGCGCUCAUCGAUGUCAAUCAGGACGAACUGGGUAUACAGGGAACCAGGGUGCAGAAGUCAAAUAGUAUCGAGAUCUGGAUUCGUCCCAUCACGCCGGUGCAGCAAGACAACUAUUCUUACGCCAUGGCUGUGCUCAGCCAGCGCACGGACGGCACCCCCAUAUCGGUGGCGGUGAACCCAGCGUCACUGGGCCUGAACUUUCCCAGCGGUUAUGAGGUGGUGGACCUGUACAGUAAUACUGAAUAUGGCACCGUCCUCCCUGACCACCAGGUCAACUUCUCUGUCAACCCGACUGGAGUCGUCAUCACAAAGUGGACGAUCGUCACAACUUAACCUGUGAAACAAACGUGGACGCUAAUUUGCAAUUGGAACUUGUACAACGUAGACCAUAUAAGCUCGGAUUGGAUACGAUAGUUAUAAUUCUUUUUUUUUUAUUAUUUGUGUAGUUGGUGUAAAUGAAACGCUGUAGGUUUGAUCUCCUGUGGAUUUAUCCUGUGACCUUCGAGAUAGAAGUCGUGAGUUUCGCUACCAGGCUGCGACAGGUAUUAUACCUGAUGAAUAAAACACAUGUGUAACACUUUUGAAUCUUCACUGAUAGAUAUGCUUCGCCAACUAGUGCCUUUUUCAAUCCAUUGCCAAAAAAUAAAUACCGGAAACGGUGGUUAUUUGAGGUGAUCAGUCCCUCAGCCUUGAUGGCUCUGAAGCAAAAGUAUGAAGAUGGAGAUUUAUAUACUCGAACCAGAGAAGAGGUGCAGUAAUCAAUGAUAUUACAGGUGGGCGGGGUCUCUUAGUGGGCGCCGCCCACUUGGCAUAUUAUCAAUAAUAAUAAACUUACAGGGGUCAAACAGCGCCCUGGUAAUAAGGAAAUGGAGGCAAUCAGGUUUGAUCCAAGGAAGCAGAUGAUAUCUCCAGUUCCCUAGAUCAAAAGCCCUUCACAGAUAUCAAAUCGCAUACCUCGAAGAUUAGAUUUUGAUUUUGCCGCCGAAGUGGCUAGUUUACUGUGUACCCCAUACCCCAUAUCCAUCGAAGGGAACAAAGAGUAUCAUAAUCACAGCAAAAACAAUAAUAAUGAUGGUAAUUACUUUAGUACUGAGUAAUGUAUUUAGGGGAAGAGCUAAAUCCGUGGGGCUCGUACAGCAUGAAUAUAUUAUGUGAAAAUGAAUUUAAUAAAGAGUUUGGUUUUUAAAUAAACUAGAAAAAUUUG